AUGACCUACAGAAUCAUGGUCUUUGCAGGUCGGAAGGCCGGAAUCUCUCACGAGGAAUUCAAAAAGCGUUACGAACAGCACAUGCACCUGGUGGAAGAAAUAUGCGGCGACGCGAUGCCUCUCAGACAUACGAGAGUAUACCCACAACAAGACAAUGCGACCAACAAGCCACUUCUGUUGGCAGGCAAUGCAGACGAAAUGUAUUAUGAUGUCAUCGCGACUAUAACAUUUGACGAUGAAGCUGCAUCCCGCAAGUUCUACGAAGCCUUAUCGACACCAGAGGCAGCGGCUAAAAUUGAAGCCGAUGAGGCAGGAUUUUGGGACCGGAGCAGAAUGCAUGUUGUGGUCGUCGGAGAUGUCAAGGAAUGGAAGGAAUGA